AUGCCUUUGGUGACCGAAGAGUUGAAGGCAAGAGCAGAGGUGUAUUAUGGUGACAAAGUUUGCAGGGAGAAGUUCUCUCUAUUGCUGGCAGAAAAGGGUCUACCAGAUGGAUUAUUAACCAUACAAGAUAUUGAAGAGUGUGGGCAUGUAAAGGAGAUAGGUUUUGUUUGGCUCAAGCUUGGGAAGAAGAUGGAGAGUAAGUUUGAUAAUAUUGUUGUUGGUUAUGAUUCAGUUGUUACAGCUUAUAUGGAGCCAAACAAGAUCAAGAAACUUACUGGCGUGAAGGCUAGGGAUUUCUUGGUUUGGUUCACUUUGAAUGAGAUUUAUGUUAAGCCAGUUAAAGGGGGGACGUUUAUUACGUUUAAGUCUUUGGUUGGUUUGUCUAUGUCUUUUCCAGUGUCGUUGUUCCAAGCUAGGAAAUUGGCAAGCAAGGAAGAUCAAAUUCUAGUUAAUUAG